AUGUCGCAACCCGCUGGCGGUACCGUGGACUACUCGGCAUUUCUCAAAAGGCAUCUCAAAAUGAGUAACGUUCUCAACGAUCGACACAUCAAGUAUACGGCUGAGGAACUGAAGGAUGUAAUAAAGUGCAGUAUGGAAUUGUUGAAACUGGAGAACACUCUAGCAGAGAUUAAUCCACCGAUAGUGAUCGUAGGAGACAUUCAUGGUCAGCUACUUGGUAAACUGACUGCAUUGCUCACUUCAAUAAAGAAGUAG